AUGCAGCUAGGGAAACGCCUGGGUCAUAAGAAAUCUCGUAACGGGUGCCUUCGGUGUAAGGCCAGACGAGUCAAGCUUCUGCCCACUCUACUACGUCGCCGUUCCACCCAACUCCAGGAACGCCAUCGCAACAUCAUGAGCAAGGUUACCCGUGCGCGUGCCAAUGUUCUGCACGAGACUGGAUGCAGAGUCUUCAACUCUUUCAUCACUAUACCACCUCAGUCUGGAGAACAUUCGUGA